CCACUAUUUUACAAAUCACAAUCCAUCUAUAGCCAUUUUACAUUUCCACCACCACGACGAUGGUUCCGAUGACUGAUCGUACUCGUGGCGUGAUGAAUGGCGCGGUGGCGUACGUGAUCUGGGGCCUCUGUCCGGUCUACUGGAAGCUCCUUGCGACGGUCCCUGCCAUCCAGUUGAUUGCGCACCGCAUCGGGUGGUCGGUGCCGCUGCUGGUGCUGAUGCUGUCCCUGCGGGGGGAGCUCCAUGUCGUCGCCGCCGCCGUCCAAAACAGACGCACCAUGGCCACGUAUGCUCUGUCCGCGUCUCUCUUGGGGGUCAGCUACUUCGUCUGUGUGUGGGCCGUGAACGCCGGCUUCAUCGUGGACGUGAGUCUCGGCAUGUACAUCAACCCGCUCGUGAGCGUGCUGCUGGGCGUGUUCUUCUGCAAAGAGACCCUCAAUACCGUGCAGUGGCUGGCCAUGGUGCUCGCGGCGGCGGGAAUGCUCGCCAUGGCCAUCGACUACGGCAAGUUUCCGUGGAUCGCGUUCACGAUUGCUUUGGACUUUGGCUUGUACGGGCUAGUGCAGAAGAAGGCGCCGCUGGGGGCGCUGCCAGGUGUAACCAUCGAGUUCGUGCUGCUCAGUGUACCGCUGGUCGUGUACUUGUUGGUCGUGGACCAGCAGGGCGACGGGGCCUUCGGGCACACGGGCGCGGCCCAAGACUGGCUCAUGGCGGGGCUCGGAGCCACCACGGUGGUGCCCCAAGUGAUGUUUGCCGCGUCGGCACAAUCGAUUCCGUUGAGCAUUUUGGGCAUUUUGCAGUUUCUGGGCCCGACCAUCUCGGUGCUGCUGGGGGUGUUGGUGUAUGACGAAGCGUUUGGCACUGUCAAAGCCCUGUCGUUUGGCCUCGUCUGGCUCGGUCUGAUUUUGUUCACGACGCAGUCUGUACGAUCCCCAAAGGUGGAACAACCGAUAUCGUUGGAACUAGUGGUCGUGUCAUCGGUGCGACUAUCCGCUGCGGAGUAUAUCGCGGCAGUAGACGACAAGUCCGUAGAGUCGCAUUCUGCUUUGAAUGUAGUGUAAUGUUACGAGUGUCUCUAAUGCAGCUAAUACAAGUUCACAUGAUUUGA